CUCGUCCGGCCACGCAUCAGGACGAUGAGGUACAUCGCUGACAUCGUCAAUGCUGACAAGAUGUCGGGGAGGAGCAGGAAGUACAAGAUUAUCUUCAGCCCCCAAAAGUUUUACGCUUGCGAGAUGGUGCUGGAGGAAGAGGGAGUCUUUGGUGAUGUCACCUGCGAUGAAUGGUCCUUCUACCUGCUCCCCCUGGACGAAGACAUCAUCAGCAUGGAGCUGCCCGAGUUUUUUCGCGACUACUUCCUGGAGGGAGAUCACCGCUGGAUCAACUCCGUCGCUCGAGCCCUGCAGUUACUGAACUCCCUGUAUGGACCUUUCGGCAAGGCCUACGGGAUUGGCAGGUGUGCCAAGAUGAGCUACGAGCUGUGGCGGGACCUGGAGGAGGAGAGCGAGGGCGACGGCCAGGGCAGGAAGCCUGAGAUUGGCAACGUCUUCCUCAUGGACAGAGACACGGACUACGUGACAGCACUGUGCUCCCAGGUGGUGUACGAGGGGCUGGUGGACGACACCUUCCGCAUCAAGUGCGGGAGCGUGGAUUUUGGGCCGGACGUCACCUCUUCUGACAAGAGCAUUAAGGUGCUGCUCAAUGCCCAGGACAAGGUCUUCAGCCAGAUUCGGAACGAGCACUUCUCCAGCGUGUUCGGCUUCUUGAGCCAGAAAUCGCGGAACCUGCAGGCGCAGUACGACCGGCGCCGCGGCAUGGACAUCAAGCAGAUGAAGAACUUUGUCUCCCAGGAACUGAAGGGACUAAAGCAAGAGCAUCGCCUGCUGAGCCUGCAUAUCGGUGCCUGCGAGUCCAUCAUGAAAAAGAAAACCAAGCAGGACUUCCAGGAGAUGAUCAAGGCUGAACACUCUCUGCUGGAGGGCUUCGACAUCCGCGAGAGCACCAGCUUCAUAGAGGAGCACAUUGACCGGCAGGUGGCACCCUGCCGCCUUCCCGUGCUCGCAGCUGGGGCUCCGCGCUGAUGCGGCUGCCCCCUUCCCCAGAGCUACGGGCCUGAGCACUUGCUGACCUUCCACAACCUCAAACGCCUCGGGCUGCUGACUGAGCAGUCGGCUGGAGAGACCCUGACGGCUGUGGAGAGCAAAGUCAGCAAGCUGGUGACGGACCGCGCCGCAGGAAAGAUCACAGACGCGUUUAAUUCUUUGGCCAGGAAGAGCAAUUUUCGAGCCAUAAGCAAGAAGCUGGGGUUGAUCCCCCGGGUGGACGGAGAGUACGACCUGAAAAUGCCUCGGGACAUGGCUUAUGUUUUCAGCGGAGCCUACGUCCCCCUGAGCUGCAAGAUCAUUGAGCAGGUGAGUCCGCCUGCCGCUGGGGAGCACCACGCGCAGCCCCCCGAG